ACGUGUUACCUAUUCCGUAUACUGCCACUGGGUACUGCACAUGCGCCAUUGUCCUUAGCCUUUUGACGUGGAACAAUAUUUGCGACUUUUGAGAGAGACAAGAAAAUCAAAGCAAGAUGCCUCUCAGGCUAGAUGUUAAAAAAAAACUCGUUUCUCGUUCCGACCGAGUCAAGUCUAUGGACUUGCAUCCCAAGGAGCCGUGGAUGCUGGUGUCUCUGUAUAACGGCAACGUCCAUAUAUGGAACUAUGAGUCACAAACUCUUAUCAAAUCAUUUGAAGUGACUGAUCUUCCGGUGAGGGCCGCCAGGUUUGUAGCAAGAAAGAGCUGGGUUGUGACCGGAUCCGACGAUAUGUUAUUGCGUGUUUAUAAUUACAAUACAUUAGAGAAGGUUCAUUCAUUUGAGGCUCACAGCGAUUACAUUCGCUCAAUAGUGACUCACCCAACUCAUCCCUACAUCCUCACAUGCAGUGAUGACAUGUUGAUAAAGCUAUGGGACUGGGACAAGAAGUGGCAGUGUGUCCAAGUAUUUGAAGGCCACACUCACUACGUCAUGAUGAUAGUGCUCAACCCGAAAGACACCAACCAGUUUGCCAGCGCGUCCCUUGACAGGACAGUCAAGGUGUGGCAGCUUGGUUCUUCCCAUCCUAAUUUCACUCUUGAGGGCCACGAGAAAGGACUGAACUGUAUUGAUUACUUUCAGGGCGGAGACAAACCUUAUCUCAUAUCUGGAGCCGAUGACAGGAUGGUAAAGAUAUGGGACUAUCAAAAUAAAGCCUGUGUACAGACAUUGGAAGGUCAUGCUCAGAAUGUUACAGCUGUUGCCUUUCAUCCUGAACUGCCCAUCAUAUUAACAGGAUCUGAAGAUGGUACCAUAAGGAUCUGGCAUGCUAACACUUAUCGGCUGGAGACCACACUCAAUUACGGUCUUGAGAGGAUCUGGUGGAUAUCUUGUCUCCGCGGCUCAAAUGAUGUCGCCCUCGGCUAUGAUGAAGGAUCUGUCAUGGUUAAGUUAGGUAGAGAGGAGCCAGCCAUGAGUAUGGACAGCAGUGGUAAGAUAAUCUGGGCCAAACACAGCGAGAUACAGCAAGCAAACCUAAAGAAUAUCGGAGACAUUGAGAUUAAAGAUGGAGAGAGGUUACCACUGGUUGUGAAAGACAUGGGCUCUUGUGAAAUAUACCCACAGACCAUAUCACAUAAUCCUAAUGGGAGGUUCGUCGUGGUCUGUGGAGAUGGUGAGUACAUCAUAUACACUGCAAUGGCUCUCAGGAAUAAAUCCUUUGGAUCGGCAUUGGAGUUUGUGUGGGCGGCAGACUCAUCAGAGUACGCUGUUCGUGAGGGCUCAAGUAAAGUCAAAAUAUUCAAGAAUUUUAAAGAAAAGAAGACAUUUAAACCUGAACUGGGAGCAGAGGGUAUUUUUGGUGGACAUUUAUUAGGAGUAAGAGCUAGUAAUACUCUUUCUUUUUACGACUGGGAGUCACUUGAACUUAUUCGUCGCAUUGAAAUAUCAGCAAAACAUGUUAUGUGGUCUGAUGGAGGUGAACUGGUUUGUAUAGCGUCAGAAGAAGCUUUUUAUAUUCUCAAAUUUGACAGUCAAGCAGUUCAAAAUGCAGUGGCUAAUAAUGAAGGAAUUGAUGAAGACGGAAUUGAAGCAGCUUUUGAUGUGCUAGGUGAGAUUAGUGAAGUAGUGAAGACUGGUCUUUGGGUCGGCGACUGUUUCAUUUAUACUAACAAUGUGAAUAGGGUUAAUUAUUAUGUGGGCGGAGAAAUUGUAACCAUUUCUCACUUGGACAGAGUGAUGUACCUGUUAGGUUACAUUGCUAAGGACAACAGGUUGUAUCUAGGAGACAAAGAGUUAAAUAUUGUAUCGUUUCUUCUCCAACAAUCAGUGCUGGAGUAUCAGACGGCCAUUAUGAGAAGGGACUUUGACACAGCAGACCAGGUUCUUCCCUCAAUUCCUUAUGAUCAACGGACUAGAGUCGCUCACUUUCUAGAGAAGCAAGGUUUCAAGUCUCAGGCUCUUGCCGUCACUACGGACCAGGACCACAAGUUUGAUCUUGCUCUUCAGCUCAAAGACCUCAAAGCAGCUUAUGAGCUGGCACAUACAGCACAAGCUGAUGAGAAAUGGAAGUCAUUAGGAGAGCUAGCAAUGACACAGUGUCAGUUUGGUUUAGCUCUAGAGUGCCUCCAUCAUGCUAAGGAUUACAGUGGUCUCCUACUACUAGCUACUAGUGCUGGGGACGCUGGUACCCUAGCUAAACUAGCUGAAACCACGUCUGAAGCUGGAAAGAAUAACAUAGCUUUUACUGCUAACUUCUUACUAGGAAGAUUGGAGGUGUGUCUCGAUAUUCUCAUUUCAACUGGUCGAUUAGCUGAAGCUGCUCUCUUUGCUAGAACAUACCUACCAAGUCAAAUAUCAAGGACGGUCAAGCUAUGGAAAGAGAACUUAUCUAAAGUCAACACGAAAGCUGCUCAAAGUUUAGCCGACCCAACAGAAUAUGAGAACCUUUUCCCCGAGCUCCAGUCUGCUCUCAAAGCCGAAGACUUCAUCAAAGAAGAGAGAGAGAACCUUCCGCCGGCUUCAGAGUACCUCAAAGCAACACCGGUCGGUGAUCGUAAUGUUAUUGAGGAGAUGUUAUCUGGUCCUGUCCGUGCUCCUGUUAAUAAUGGUGAUGGCGAUGAAAUAAAUUUAGAUUUAAGCGACGAAGAUCUGCAAGAUGUUGACACUGAAGGUAUCAAUCUUGAUGAUGAAGAGGAUUUGCUGGGAGACUAACUUUAAACUGUUUAUUUAAUUAUAAUAAUAAAAGAAAUAAUAAUAAUUGUGUUAUUAUUAUUAUUAUUGUUAUUAUAGGUGAACGA